UCUUGAAAGAUACUAAUACUAAGUUUUGAUAACCUCUUAUUAAUGGAAUACUUGUGUCUUCUGUUCCUUACAGUUAUGUUUGGCUUGUAACUGAUCAUGUAAAGAGCUGGAUGAAUGCUGAAGACAAAGAGCACUUCAUGCACAUCUCCUAUGAAGAGAUGACAAUGGACCCGAAGGACUCUGUGGGCAGAAUCGCUCAGUUCCUGCAGAAAUCUCUGGAAUAUGAAGCGAUAGAGAAGAUAGCCGACCGAUGUUUGUUCAUGAACAUGAAGAAGAACAACAUGUCAAACUACUCUACUGCUUCUCGUAAAUUACUGGACCAGGCAAAGUCUGAGUUUCUCAGGAAAGGCGAGUGUCAAUAA